AUGUCUUUGCACGAGGAAAGAGAUGAUAGAGUAUCAAUAAAACAGAUGACUUAUCAUAUAUUUGUGUCGCGUAGACGAACGCAUCAGACAUCAGUAUCUUCUAAUCUGCAGAACUAUCCACUUAGCAGACAUUAUUGGAAUACAAAUAACACAUAUUGGUGGAUGAGACACAAUAUAGUCAUGAAGACAUUUGUGGCCCUAACAAUUUUGGCCAUCGUCGGUGCGGCGAUGGCAGAUGGAAACAGCAGAGUUAUCGACGAAAUACUAGAACUAGCCAAUCCGCGCGUUGCACGUGAAGCUAAACCGGAACCUGAACCUGCAAAACCGUCACGACCAGUGUAUAUUCCCCCUCCACGACCGCCUCACCCUCGUCUUCGUCGUGAAGCAGAUCCGGAGCCUGAACCCGCAAAACCAUCGCGACCGAUAUAUGUUCCCCCUCCACGACCACCUCACCCUCGUCUUCGUCGUGAAGCAGACGCCGAACCUGAACCUGCAUACCGACCAGUAUAUGUUCCUCCUCCACGACCACCUCACCCCCGUCUUCGUCGUGAAGCAGAUCCGGAACCUAAUCCCGCAAAACCGUCGCGACCAGUGUAUAUUCCCCCUCCACGUCCACCUCACCCACGUCUUCGUUAAACUACACUAAAUUGGAAGAAUGAAACUUGAGAGUGUAUAACAUUUUAUUGUGAUUGACCGAAACUGAUUAUUUAUUGAGUACUAUUGCAUUUAAUUAAACACAUCCGAAAUAGAACAUAAUAUAAGUGUAAUGUAAUAUUCAUAAUAUACAGUAUACGAUAUUAAUAAAUUUAAUUUUAUUUAUA